AGCUUCUGCCGUUGACGGCGACGAUGAUGCUGAGAUGCUGCUCCAGGCUUCGGUCUCUAGCUCUUCAUUCUCGCCAAGCUCUUGCUUCAACACCUUCCCGUCGUCUGCUUCACUACGCCCCGCAUCCUCUCCUGUUUUCUUCCUGUAAUCGGCUUCCUUCUCCCCUCUUCAAUGCCUCUUCAUCAUGCCCUCCCACAUUGGCUUCUCACGCCUUUCGCUCUUCUCCUUUAUCUCCCUCUUUGGUUCAAGUUCGACACGUUUCUUCAAGAGAGCGGAAGAAGAAAAGAAAGCCAAUGACUCCGGUCACUUCCAAGAUUAAGAAAUUCAAGAUGAAAUUUUACUCGUCUUACAAAUCCAGGUUCAGAACAUUGAAUGAUGGGACAAUCAGGCGCUGGAAGGAGGGCAAGCGACACAAUGCUCAUUUGAAGUCAAAGAAAUCAAAACGGAGACUCAGAAAACCAGCUAUUGUCCCUCCAGCAUAUGCCAGAGUGAUGAAGAAGCUCAAUUUUUUUGCUUAGAACGUUACAGGUUUUUGCUACUUACUACAUGGAAGAGAAAAUGGUUACGAAUUAUCAUUUUCUUUGUGGUCUUGGCCGCUCAUUUUCCCAUUUCAUACACCCUAGAACGAGCAAUUUGAAGAGUUCAGAGCGAUGUGUUCCCCAGACACUUGGUUUGCGAUGAAUUCAUUUGAUAAUAUAUGCUGAUUCACCAUAGUGGCAGUCUUUAGUAAACAAUGUGUGAAAUAGCGGCUGAUUCAUCUUUGUCGUUAUGGAAUGCUUCUAAUUAUUUGUAGCUAAUAAGAUUUAUUUGUUUCGUCCUGAGACCAGAGAAGUGUCUAUGAGAAUAUGAAAGCUGAAUUAGUUUUGGAGUAUUUAGUAUUGUUUGAAAUUCCAA